GAGAGAGAGAGAGAGCUGGAAGCCACUAACACAGCACUGAGAGCUCCAUCAAUACCAGCAGGUUCUGUGAAGGCAUUUGUACGACCAGAGAAACAGCUGUUGGGUCGUGUUAUCACCACCGAGACGGCCGCGCGGCUCCUGCAGGACUGUGUGCAUUCCAUGCAGAGCUACAGCCUGUCAUUCUGAGAAAGAACACACCGCUCUUCAGUGCCCCUGCAGGUAGAGGAGGUGCCAGCCAGGCUGAAGAGGUUCGAUUCUGAGCGGUCAUCACCUGCGUGGCCCGGGUAGAGGGGCGUGACACUGGAGUGUCGUUCUGAGGCAGUUUGGGAAUAAGGAGAGAAUAGAGAAGGAAGAGGCAGGCUGCUGGACACGUCUGAUCCCGCGCAAAGGAUUUGGUUGUCUUCGUUGCUGGAUCUUGGAGUGGUAAACUGGGACAGCCGAGAGGAGUGUGUACAAUGUGCUAGGAGAGCGAAGACAGACAAGUUUAGGUUUAUUUCUGCUGUAGCGGAGUGUCAGAGUGAGAAGAGGAAAGUGAAAAUGGGGCGGAAGAAGAUACAGAUCACGCGGAUCAUGGAUGAACGGAACAGACAGGUGACGUUUACGAAGAGGAAGUUUGGGUUAAUGAAGAAGGCUUAUGAACUGAGCGUACUGUGUGACUGUGAGAUCGCGCUGAUCAUUUUUAACAGUUCGAACAAACUCUUUCAGUAUGCAAGCACUGACAUGGACAAAGUCCUACUGAAAUACACAGAGUACAACGAGCCACACGAGAGCAGGACCAACUCCGACAUCGUGGAGAAAUUAAGAAACAAAGGCCUUAGUGACUGUGCCAGUCCAGACCCCGAAGACUGUUUUGGGCACAGCCCCCUCGUGGACGACCGAUACAGCAAACUUAACGAAGAGACUGGUUUAAUGUACAAGCGCUGUGCUGCGCUAAACAAGAAAGAACACAGAGGCUGUGAUAGCCCGGACCCCGAUGCUUCAUAUGUCCUCACCCCCCACACAGAAGAAAAAUAUAAAAAAAUUAAUGAGGAGUUUGAUAAUAUGAUGAGAAAUCAUAAAAUCCCGUCUGCUUUGCCGCAGCAGAAUUUCUCCAUGCACGUGGCCGUGCCAGUGACGAACCCCAACAUCUUGUCCUACAGCAACCCUGGAAUCUCCCUAGGAAGCCAGGCCCCCGUAUCGCUAGCUGACAGCGGCAUGCUGUCUCCUCCCCAGGGGUCACUGCACAGGAAUGUCGUGCCUCAAGGAGCCCCUCAGAGACCCCCCAGCACUGGCAGUGCAGGUAACGGCUAUGUGAACUCGCGUGGCUCUCCCGGCCUCAUGGGCAGCCCGAGCGGGAACGGGCUCGGCAAGGUCAUGCCCGCGAAGUCUCCGCCCCCUCCCGGGGGGAACCUGGGCAUGGGCAGCCGCAAGCCGGACCUGCAUGUGGUCAUCCCUCCGUCCAGCAAGGGCAUGAUGCCCCCACUGUCUGAGGAGGAGGAAAUGGAUUUGGUGAGUCUGGAAAGCGCUUGGAGAGAGAGAGAGAAUAAUGCCCAGAGGAUAAGCAGCUCCCAGUCGCAGCCGCUUGCCACCCCGGUGGUGUCAGUCACCACCCCCAGCCUGCCCCCUCAAGGUCUGGUCUACUCAGCCAUGCCUACUGCAUACAACACUGAUUACUCGCUGAGCAGUGCAGACCUGUCUGUCUUGCAGGGGUUCAGUUCCCAGGGGGGGCUGUCUCUCAACUCUGUCUCCGCCUGGCAGCACCACCACCUGGGACAGGCGACUCUCAGCUCACUGGCGUCUGGCAGCCACUUACCUCAGGGUUCCAACCUCUCCAUCAACACCAACCAGAACAUCAACAUCAAGUCUGAGCCCAUCUCCCCCCCUCGGGACCGCGUCCCCCCGUCGGGCUUCGGGCCGCAGCAGCCUCCAGUGCGCCAGGACAUGGGCCGCUCACCCGCCGACAGCCUCAGCUCCUCCAGCAGCUCGUACGACGGCAGCGACCGUGAGGACCUGCGCACCGACUUCCAGGCGUCCCUGGGGCUGGGGAGGCCUCCUGCUGGCGGGGAGGACCGCGAGAGCCCCUCAGUGAAGCGCAUGCGCAUGGAGAACUGGGUGACAUAAAACCGAGGAUCUGCCCCGCUGCUCCAUACGGGGGGGGGGGGGUUCAGGGGCUUUAUUUUAUUUUGUAACUAGAGAGAGAGCGAGGUGGAGGGCGAGAGAAAAUGUCCUGACAUAUCUAAAUAAAUUUUCACACACACACAACAAAAAAUGCAGAGGACUUGAAAUUAUACAUGAGUGAUAUACAAAUGUUAUCAGGUACUUGGUGCAAAUUAAUUGAACAUUUGCAGAAGUCCCAUGUUUAAAAAAAAACAAACAAAAAAAAAAAAACAAACAAACAAAACAAACUAGAUAAUUGUAGUCACUGGUGCAGUUUGGCACUUGCCUGUUCUUGCUGUUUUUGUAUUACUUCUGUUAGCUGUUUGUAAGAGAAACCAACACACACAGAAGAAUAGGGACACCCACAACCUGAUUGCUGUUGCUUGCUGAAACCAACAGUGGGGUCACCCUGCAAAAUUUGGUGCUGUCCCAGAAUUUGUUUUGGAAAGGCAAGUUAUACAUUUGUUAUUUAGUAGUAAUGCUUUGAGUUUUGGAACUACCAAAAUGACUAGACAGGGGAUUGAGCAAUACUGUAUAUAGAAGAUAAAAAGGGUUAGGGGGUUCAUUUCCCUAAAGGAAUGGGUUUCCUCAGUUUGGAUACGGCUGGUGUCGCCAUGUUUUGGGGAUGCAUGUGCAGAAGAAUAAAACUAUUCAUACGUGCUUCAUCCAGUCAGAGAAAGAUGCACAAGGAAGCGACAUGAGUCACAUGAAUAUAUUAGCUUAGGAAAAUAAAGGGUUAAGAGAAAUAAUAUAUUGAGUUAUAAUUGGAAAUAUGGAUGAAAAAGAAGUUCAUACCUUAAAAUUAUAUUAAAAAAUGAAAUAGUAAGACAUAUAUUUUUAUUAAGUGAGACCUACAGUGGUAGCGCCCAUUUUAAUUGAUAACAAUAUAUAUGAAUUGAAAUACUUCUAAACACUUUCAUCUAGGAAUUAUUUAUACAAGCCAAAGCUGUAUGUUGAUGUUUUGAUUUUCUAGGUAUGAGUUUUAAUUUGUUAUUUGGAACUUUUGAACUUUUUUUUUUUUUUUUAAAGGAAAAACUAAAUGCAAGCAAGUCCUUGAAACGAAGACAAAAGCCAUGAACACUCGCUGUUCUGUUUGUAAAUUGAUAUUUGAGCCAAACGUUUUUUUGUUUGUGUACAUAGCAACUUUAAUAUAUAUCACCUUUGGUGUAAGUACGUAUGUAUUGUACCUUCACCAGAAAAAAAAAAAAAAAAAAAAAGUCUAUUUUUGUGGAUUAGCGCCAAGUUGACAAGGCGAAGUCCUUAUUAAGUAGAGUAUUCACUGGUUAAUAUUUACUAUUUUGUUAAAUAUGCUGUACUUUCUUCAAAUUGGAAUUCUUCUUCUUCUUCUUCUUCUUCUUCUUCUUCUUCUUGUUAAUAUCCAGAGUUUUAAGAAGGUAGUUUCUGGGUCGUUCUCCCUUUAAUGGUGGUGAAUGUGUGUCCUUUAAAAUUUGUAAAACAGUGCUGUAUGGUAAAGCUUCACUGUAUCUUUUUGUAAAGAAAAAAAUGCAAAGCAAAAGAAAA